AUGAAGUUUCUUGCCAUCUUCAGUCUCUCUGUCUCAGUGGCGGCUUGCAAAAGCACACCGCCACCAGCAAAGUCAGCCAAGGUGGACGUCCACGCCCAUCUUGUGCCUGAUUUCUACGCGGAUGCUUUGAGGGAGGCUGGCCAUGUACCUGGUCCCGAUGGAAUGCCCGGUAUUCCUACCUGGGAUGCCGAGUCUCAUUUGACGUUCAUGAAGGAGAACAACAUUGAGAGAUCAAUCUUGUCGAUUUCAAGCCCUGGAGUUUACCUGAAUGUUCCUUCAAAGACCGCCACUCAGAAGGCUAUCAGCCUUGCACGACAGGUCAACAAGUACGGAUCUGAGUUGAAAGCCAAGUACCCCAAGGAGUUCGGCUACUUCGCUUCUCUGCCUCUGCCCGACAUUCAGGCCUCGUUGAAGGAGAUUCAGUACUCCUUUGGCGAGCUCGACCCAAAGCCCGAUGGUGUUGUGAUGAUGUCCAACUACUACGGAUUGUACCUUGGAGACCGCGAUCUUGAGCCCAUCUACGAGGCUCUGAACGAGCUCAACGUCACCAUUUUCGAGCACCCCACAACGCCUUGCACUGAAUUCCAAGGAAUGCGAUUCGAUAUCGACAAGGACGCGCCCACUAUUUCUCAACAGCAAUGGCAAGCCCUCAACCGACCUGUGGCCGUUCGCCAGUUCGCUGCCCCCACCCUCGACUUUCCCUUUGAGACUGCACGAACAUUCGCCGACUUGUUCUACACCAGCAUGCCAACCAAGUUCCCCAACCUCAAGUGGAUCAUGUCUCACGCUGGUGGUGGUCUUAUCCCCACCCUGGACCGAAUCGUCACUUACAGCGCUCUGUACCCCGGCUUGAACCUUACCGAGGAGUCGAUGAAGGAAACCCUUGCUAAGAACUUCUUCUUCGACCUUGCUGGCCCCUGGCCUGUCAACUUUGCUAUCCCUGCUCUGCUGCGAUGGGUCGACUACACUAGGAUCGUUUGGGGUUCGGAUACUGUUUUUACACCUAUGAAGCAAGCUGCCAAGUAUGCUGCUGCUUUUGACAAGGAGGUGGAUGUUGUCUUUAACGAUCCUGUUAAGGCAAACGCUGUGCGAGCGACCAACGCACAAAACCUGUUCAAAUAG